CCGGCCGGAGGUCUCCGCUGGCCGCCACUCUCCGCUCGGGCGCCCCCCCCGGUAGCUUCCGCAGGAAGGAGCGGCGCGGCUGCCCCCUCCCCCUCCCCGCCUUCCUUCUCCUCCUCCUCCUCCUCCUCCUCGCGCCCUCCUCCCGGCCCCCCCGCAGCGCGAGCGGAGCGCGGAGUCACCGCGGCGCACAGACGGCCCCGGCGGCGGCGGCAUUCGCACACAAUGGCGCUGAAACGCAUCAACAAGGAACUUAGUGACUUAGCUCGUGAUCCUCCAGCACAGUGUUCAGCAGGUCCUGUUGGAGAUGACAUGUUUCAUUGGCAAGCCACAAUUAUGGGACCUAAUGACAGUCCAUAUCAGGGUGGUGUAUUCUUCUUGACAAUUCACUUUCCUACAGACUACCCUUUCAAACCACCGAAGGUUGCGUUUACAACAAGAAUCUAUCAUCCAAAUAUUAACAGUAAUGGCAGCAUUUGUCUCGAUAUUCUAAGAUCACAAUGGUCUCCUGCUUUAACUAUUUCUAAAGUUCUCUUAUCCAUUUGUUCACUGUUAUGUGAUCCAAAUCCAGAUGACCCUCUAGUGCCAGAGAUUGCACGUAUCUAUAAAACAGACAGAGACAAGUACAAUAGGUUAGCAAGAGAGUGGACAGAGAAAUACGCUAUGCUGUAGGGUACAACAGAAUAUCUCGGGAAUGGACUCAGAAGUAUGCCAUGUGAUGCUACCUUAAAGUCAGAAUAACCUGCAUUAUAGCUGGAAUAAACUUUAAAUUACUGUUCCUUUUUUGAUUUUCUUAUCCGGCUGCUCCCCUAUCAGACCUCAUCUUUUUUAUUUUUUUGUUUACCUCCUUCCAUUCAUGCACAUGCUCAUCUGAGAAGACUUUAGUUCUUCCAGCUUUGGACAAUAACUGCUUUUAGAAUCUGUAAAGUAGUUACACAAGAACAAUUGCCCAAGAUUCAGAUUUUUUUUUUUUAAUGGAGCAUGUGUAUUAUGUGGCCAAUGUCUUCAUUCUAACUUGGUUAUGAGAUUAAAAAAAUACAUUCCUCAUUGCUCUAACAGAUACUGAAGAUACCACCUGAAAGGGGUGAGAGGAGAUGGAUGUUCAGUUUUCUCCCAUCAAAGAAGUAACAUUGCUGUAGCAACAUCCAUCUUGUUACAAACCUAGUGUUAGAGAACUGAGGUUUUAUUAUAUACAUUUGCUCAUAACUGAUAUGUCUGGAGAAUUGGUACUGAAUCUAUAGCAUCAGCAGAACAGAAAAUGUGAUGUAUCUUAUGCAUGUCAAUAAAGGAAUGACCAGUUCUUGUUUUACAGAGAAUGGAAAUUGGAAGUCAAACAUCCCUUGUAUUCCAAAAUAGGGUCUAAGAACAUUUUUGUAAUUCAUUUAAAUUUUGUUAGGAGGCUUGGAGCUAUUAGUUAAUCUGUCUUCCAAAACACUGUUUAAUAUAGCACUGAAUAAAUGAUGCAAGUUGUAAAUGGAUGAGUGAUCAACUAAUAGCUCUACUAGUAACUGAUUUAUUUUCUUCAAUAAAGUUGCAUAAACCAAUGAGUUAGCUGCCUGGAUUAAUCAAUAUGGGAAACAAAAUCUUUUGUAAAAGCAAAGCUGGUUUUUGUAUAUACUGUUGGGAUUUGCCUCAUUGUUUAACAUCAAAUAAUGAUGUGAAGUUCAAUAGAGUGAAUCUUUUGCCAUUUUCAGUUAUAAUGCUCAGUCUUUUGCAGGUUGACACAUUGUUCGGCCUGAUGUAUGCAGAAUUAAUAAGCUAACAUAGUAGUGUAGCCUUAGUAGUGUGCUACACGUGGUGCUGGGAGCCCAGCGUUCAAGGAUGGACUUGGGACCCAGCAGGUCUGAAGUGGUGUAUUGUGGAGAUGCUUCCUGAUGCACCUGUGUUUGCUGACUGAGAACCUUUUUCUUCACCUUGUACGCUUGACAGCUGAAAGAUCUUAAUAUGGGAGUAAUCAUGAGGCAAAAAUAUAAAAUAAAGUACUGUUUUGAUGUGGGAAUUGUCA